AUGAACAUUCCACGGAGGAAUUCGCUGUACAACCGACGAGGCUCCCCACACGCAUCUAUCACCUGCGCUAGAUUCCCAGAUGUGGAUGACCUGACUCAGGAAGUUAAUAAAGAGCUGCAGGACAGCUGGCAGAAUAGAAGGAGGCGAAGGAGAAGGAGGGAGGGUGAGGAGAGUAAGAAAGAGAAGGAGGAAGAGGGAGAGGAUGGGAAGGAACAGCCCACUGAGCAGUCUCAGGAUGCGGCAUUCAUAUCCCGUCUGCGGAAUGCAAUCGCGGAGGCAGCAAUCAAUCGAGAAAUCCUGAGACAGAAGUUUGUUCCAAAUUACUUCCGUUCUCCGAAGGGAAAGGAGUUUUUGAAGCAGCAGGCUCCUCUGCUCUCGGAUGAAAGUGGCGGAGAAGAUAUGAAAAUGGACACUACUCAGCUGAACGCACAACUUUCAGGGCCGAGGGGAAAUGGACACCGCUCAACAGCCUCCUGCCCUAUAGAUGGUGCCUCUCGGCUGGAGCCAGAUGCUUCUGCCAUUGAUACAAUUAAGGCGAAAUCGAGCGCGAAGAAGGAGUCAGUCCGCGGCAGAUCAAAGACGUCGAAGCCUCCCCUUGUUUUGCCGAGAGCGCAAAUCAAACCUGCAGUACAACGGAAGUAUGAUAGUAACCCUAACUUCGUCUACUACUGGGGAGUGCAAGAUGAAUUAGUCGAUCCGGAGGAGUUGUGCAUUACCAGUGAGGGCACUCCACAGACUUUGGUGAAAACACCAAAUCUCCAUCAGGCCAUUGUAGAAGAUCCCUACAGACCGAAGGUUCUCAACACUGGCACAGUAGGCCGACCAGUGGAGGGAAAGCUGGCCUUGAGGAGGCUGCGUGGCCUGCGUAUAUUGUCAGAAGUGGUCGACUUCGGUAGAAUGCAAUUUGGACGGCGUUACACGACACACAUUACGCUCUUCAAUGGCGGAGUGGAACCGACGAACGCAUGGAUUCGGGAUCCUCCCAAGUCCCUGAAACUGUCCGUCUCCUACACAAAAGGACAGAUCGCCGCAGGUAAGUCAGUUGCCUUCAACUACAAAGGGUUAACUGGUACCAUUUCAGUUGGUCGCCCACCUUAG